AUGAAGAAAAGCACAGGAAAAUUCAAAUGCAUGCAUUGCAGAGUUAUAGAGAACUCGUCUCCAUGGAGGCAGGCAAGCGGAGCUGGAAUGCUGGAUAGAAGAGUUAUUGCCUUACUGUUCUAUAUAUUCUAUGGGUUGGGUGAUCAGUGGGUGAUACGACCACCUCCUAGUAUAGCCGUGGCUAUACUAUUUUAA